CUUUACAAUUUUAGAGGUCAGCCAUGGGCGAUGACGGAAUGAGCGCGUCGGAGCUGCGAAGUCGCUACGGCCGUGGUGGUAGCGUGCGCGACUGUGACCUUAGUGCCGCCCAACUGCGUUCCCGCUACGCGAUUGAGAAGAACACGUUUAAAGACCAUCCCACCGACAACAGCGCCCUGAUUGCCGCUGCAGUCGUUGCCUUGCUGAUCAUUGCCGGGGCAGCGUUCUACUUUACACAUGGAUGAUAAACUCUUAUCGAAUGACUCGUUCCUUUCUAUGCUUCGUUGGCUACAUGACCAGAGCAUGAACGACUCACAGUCCAGCGCCAAAAGACGCACGAAUCCGUCCACUAAAUAUUGAUUGUCA